ACGGACGCCGUUCUUUCCGCGUCUCACAAAAAGAUAUGCCCGACUCGGCCCUGUCAUUUUUGCCUGCUCCUUUCUUCUCCCCUCUGUCCAGCACUAUUAAAAUCUAGGGUUUCUGAGUGGAAUCCUCACACAGAUCAUCUCCGGAAACUUUUCCACUUAUUACUAUUUGUACGUGGCUGUCUGAUCUUGCGAACCAUAGCGGUGUGACCUUUUUGGCUCUUAUGUUUGCCGAGUGACGACCGCAACGGCGAUCUUCAAAUACGGAGAAGAUGAAGCCGAUGAACACAUUUCUAGAUGUGGUCGAGGAAGCGAAAGUUCGAGCUGUGUUCUUGGCCAUCUGCGUUUAUGGGAUCUCAUACUUCUUAUCGCAUACAAGCAAAUCAAUGUGGAUAAAUAUCCCUAUAUCAGUUCUUAUAUUUGCUGCCUUCCGCUAUAUAUCAUAUGAGGUGGAAUUCAGAUGGAAGGUGCAGAGAGUACGACGGCAGACAUACUUGUCACAUUUGGAGAAGCAGCAGUUAUCUGUUGAUGACCCCCGUCUUUCUCUGGUGACAAAUACAUCAAAAUGGAGAAGAAAAAUUGAUUCACCUGUUGUGGAGACUGCUAUAGAUGAUUUUAUUAAAAAGAUUUUACAGGAUUUUGUUGUUGAUCUUUGGUAUUCUUCUAUCACUCCUGACCAAGAAGCACCUGAGCUUUUAAGGACAUUAAUACUAGAUGUGCUUGGUGAAAUAUCGGGAAGGAUUAAAGAGAUCAACCUAGUGGAGUUGUUAACAAGGGAUAUGGUUGACUUGAUAGGAAAUCAAUUGGAUCUUUUUAGAAAAAAUCAGUCAGAAAUAGGCACUGACAUUAUGGGAACUCUUUCUUUUGAAGAAAGAGAUGAAAGACUCAAACGACAUCUGAUGGCUUCCAGGGAACUUCAUCCUGCUCAAGUAUCUCCAGAGUUUGAGCAUAAGGUUCUUCAACAAAUGGUUGGAGGACUUCUUGCCAUAGUUUUGCAACCGCAAGAAGCUCAAUGCCCACUAGUUCGUUGUAUUGGUCGAGAGCUUUUGAUCUGUUUGGUUGUGCAACCGAUUAUGACUUUUGCUAGUCCGAUGUACGUCAAUGAACUGAUUGAAUAUAUCUUCCUCUCAAGUAAUGACAAUGUUGGGACAGAGGUUGUUCCCUCUGGGCCUCCGGAGGCAACUUAUUCUUUUCAAGUUGAUAAAGUGCUAGAGGAAAAUACUUCAGUUGUUGAGCCAGAGCAUGGUAGAACUAUAAGUUCCAUUCAGCCAAGUGAUUUGUUAUUAAGUAAAGCUGAUAGAGGGGCAUUUGGUUUGGAGCAAGGCCGCCAAACCAUGUUGCAAGAAGGUUCUUCACUUCCCAUCCAACCUCGGGCAGCUGAAUGGGCUGUUGUACUAGAAGCUGCUACAAAAAGAAGAACUCAAGUUCUUACUCCUGAGAAUCUUGAAAAUAUGUGGACAAAAGGAAGAAACUACAAAAAGAAAACUGCAAAGCUUAUGCAAGCAGAAGCUUCUUCAGGAGCUGGUAAGCUUGAUUUAGUCAUCAAGAGUACUGACAUGCAUGCUGGGGAUUCCAGGAAUGAAUUGUCAACUAAGGCGAGCAAAAUUAAUUCAGAUCUUAUCAGGGAAGAACUUUCUAAGGGAUUUCAUUCCAAUGACGGGCCUGGAGAAACUAUGAGAUCUGUCGACAGUACUAAUCAGCUUAAAAGAUGUAAUAGUACCUCUGAUAUGGAUGCAUGUUAUACUUGCAAGACUGGUGAAAAUAUCAUCUAUAAGGAUUUCUACACCUCAAACUUUAGAAAGCAUAGUGAAGAGCCAAGUGCUGAAAUGGCUUUCCACGGUGAAGGCUCUUCAUAUGUUCCUAAGCUUAAGUGCAGAGUUGUGGGAGCGUACUUUGAAAGACUUGGUUCAAAGUCUUUUGCAGUUUAUAAAAUUGCUGUAACAGAUGCAGAGAACAAAACCUGGUUUGUAAAGAGAAGAUACCGAAAUUUUGAAAGAUUGCAUCGACAUCUUAAGGAAAUACGUAACUAUUCCUUAUCUUUGCCACCAAAGAGAUUUUUGUCAUCCAGCAUUGAUGAUUACUUUGUUCAUCAACGUUGCAUUCUUCUUGACAAAUAUUUGCAAGAUCUUUUGGCUAUAGCUAAUAUUGCGGAACAACAUGAAGUGUGGGACUUUUUAAGUGCUUCAUCAAUGAAUUAUUCCUUUGGGAAAUCUACUUCGGUUAUGAAAACAUUGGCUGUUAAUAUGGAUGAUGCCAUGGAUGAUAUUGUUCGUCAAUUGAAACGUAAAGUUGUUGGAUCAUCGUCUCAUAUAAAUUCUUCUACACAAGUGGAACAUACACCUUUGAAUGAAGAAGAUACAAAGAAGCUGAGUCCGGCUUACAGCAACACGGAAACUUAUCAGAGUGUCUCUGAUGACGAUGCACAUGAUGAAGAUCAUUCUUCUACUUUAGCUAAUGGGUGGCAUUCAGACAAUGAAUUGAAAGGUCUUCCACCACGGAUAAUUAAGCACAAAGAGGAAUCUAAUAGUUUGAUGUUUCAGAAAAGUGAACUAUCAGAGCAGUUCAAGAGAAUUUGUCCUGAUAAUUCCUCAACCUUUAAUAAUUUGGUUGCCUAUGGUACCAAGGAAGGUUUGGCUCAAGUACCACCUGAGUGGACACCACCUAAUGUCAGUGUGCCACUAUUGAAUUUAGUUGAUAAAAUAUUCCAGCUAAAUCGGAGAGGAUGGUUAAGGAGGCAAGUAUUCUGGAUUUCAAAACAGAUUUUGCAGCUAAUAAUGGAAGAUGCUAUUGAUGACUGGAUUUUGAGGCAAUUACAUUGGCUGCGUAAAGAGGAAGUUAUUGCGCAUGGUAUCCAUUGGGUCCAAAAUAUCCUUUGGCCUAAUGGCACCUUCUUUAUGAAGUUUGGAAGCUCACAAGAAAAAUCAGAUAAAAGUGACUUCAGUCAGAAAUCAGCUCAAAGUAGGAGCCAGCGGUACAGUGAUAAAGUUGGUGGACCUAGCUCUUUUGAGUUCCAGCUUGAAGCAGCUCGCCGAGCAAGUGAUGUGAAGAAGAUGAUUCUUGGUGGAGCUCCGACCGCACUAGUCAGCCUAAUCGGACAUAGCCAAUACAGACGCUGUGCAAAGGAUGUGUACUAUUUUCUCCAGUCCUCUGUCUGCUUGAAGCAACUGGGAUAUAGUAUGCUGGAACUGGUGCUAGUAUCAAUAUUUCCGGAGCUGCGAGACUUGAUUGUAGAAAUACAUAAAAAAUUCCAAGCGAAUAAAUGGGCAUCAGAAACAAUGUGAUUUUUCUUUAUCUCAUUGCCAGCAUUGAACGAGUGAACUCCAGUAUCCUGACGGUUUGGAGUUGGUCGGUGUACAAAGCUCUAGAAGUUUGCAUCCAUGGAUGGUAAAGCUCUUCCGCUGGUCUGCUGGUAAUUUCCAUCCAUAAUGGCUUUGAAUCCUUGUCGUGGAGUUGUGUGCUCCUGUAAAUUUUGUUCAACUUGUAUGGUUGCAUUGCACUAUACUUUUCUUCUUUGUACAAUCAUAUUUAAGAAUAAUGUUGCUGGAUGAACUAGGCAGCAAGUUUAAUUUUAUACGACUAUUAUUUAUAUUGAGUUGAAGAUCUUCCACA